AAACCAUAUUUCCGAAUCGUGCAGACCGGUUAUAAUAAAGAUGCGUUAUAUAAAUUAAUACUAGCCAGGUAGAUGGCAUAGUUAUGCCAAUAUACGCUUGUCAAUGCGCAUUCCCAAUACGACAUAAAACGUAGUGUGUAAAUUGAAUAAACAGCCUUGUGUACAUUAAAAUAAACGUAGAGUAGGAAUUUACGAUGUUAAAUAACUGUUUUAUAGAGGAUUUAAUUCUAAAAUUAGGUAUUUCUCCAUUGGUAUUCGUUUCUAAUGGUUAGCGGGCUGGGCGAUGCACAGUAAUAGCAGACAUUUUCCUUCAUCAUUAUAAUGAAUUGACGUUCUUGCAAUUUGCUCAAAAUUUCGCUUUCAGAUAAUGCAGGCAUAGAAAAUUACUGCUAGUCGUUUGGCUUUAGGUUGUCCUUUAUAGACGAGUAUUUUUCCCUAAAGAAAGACACUGUAAUAAUGAUUGCACGCUCUAAAAAUACAGGAAUUAUCAUUCCAGUAUAAAAAUGUGCGUCUUAAGUCGUUUUUUUGUGUUCCUUAAUGCAAGAAAAUAGAGGAAGUGAUUGGUUUUAUAUUAUAUUGAUGUCAAUGUCUGAAUAUGAACCAUAAAACAAAUAUACAAUUUAAAAUUGUUUGUUGCCUUUUGUAGUUAUUGUUUUUGAACAGCAAAAAGUACCCCAAGUAAUGUAUUUAAUACUUAUUUAUUUAGUUUGGGAAAUAAAAGACUUCCUAGAUCAGAAGUUAGACUAAAGCAGGUCUGGUUUUGGGAUUUCAUGAACUGACUUGCACUUCAAGUCGUUUAUCAGACAAUUGAGCUCAUAUAAUCCCAAAGCCUUGUAUAUUGCAAAAUAAACCCAUAUUCACGCACUUAGGCACAUUCUUAUUCUUGUCUGACCUCUAGAUUUGAAAACAGCUCUUGUUGCUCGAUCUUCAGGAAUAUAAAUAACAGGCUAUAUAUAGUAAGGCCUCAUAUAUUUGUACAAAUUUAAAAAUGUGAAUUGGAUAAAAAAUAUGACAUCUCAGUUCUGAUUGGAAUGAAGUCCUUGAUGUAGGUCUAUCAAAUAAUAAUGCAGCCUUUAAAAAGUGGCAGGUUGAUUAGUUUAUAUCAGAAAUAAUUAAUCUAUAUAAUAUCUGUUUCUUUUACUUAGCAGAUCCCUUUUCUUAUAGUUUGGUUCUCCUGUGAGCCUGUCUUCUUGCUGCUGUAGCCCAAAAUGCCAAGCAGUCGGUGAAUUUCAUGAUCAGGCCUGACCACAAAUGUCUUUGUACUAAAAUAAACUGGUGAAUUAAGGCAGCGUGUUAAAUGAAAUGGCUAAAUAAGAACUACGUCGUAAAACCUAUUUAAAAUCAUUGCAAUAUAACCAUAUAGCCUAAAUCCCGCAGCAUAAAAAGCAGUAUAAUAUAGGUUUCGGAAACAGUGCAACACUGAAUUGGUCGCUACAGCUGUUAGGAGCAUGACGCAGCUAUACAUGACUAAUACAUAUUCAUUAAUAACCGAAAGAAGAACUGUAAACAACAAGAAUCUUAGGCGGCCAUGCACUUGUUAUAUUACUGAUUUUGAAUUGGGUUAACAUAAUACUGAUUCUGGUUUUUAGUGAGGCUGUAUGUGUGAUAAUCGAGCACCAAAAAUAAAAGUGUAAGUAUCGAUUUCUGUCAGGAGGUCUGUUGCAGUAACACUGGGAGGAAAUCAUACCUCAAACGGUGUUUUUUAAUUUCAUUAGGCAGUUUAAUGAGCUGUUAAUUUAGUACAGAGCCCCAAAGGCACCUAAGCUCCUACUAGAUUAAAGUCUGUGAGUUUACAAAAAAAAAAAAAAAACAGAACAAUAGUAUUACUGAUGAAUUAGCCCUACAUUUACUUUUUUUUCUUUUAACAUUGACCACAUAGAGGAUUGACUGAUAGAAACAACACAUUUUGAUAUAAAAAUAAUCUUUGAUAAAAGAGUAAAAUAAACUAAAAUAUACACUUUUUCAUUUAAUAUUUGUAUUUCUUAUCAAAGCAGCCCUUCAGUACGCAAACUUCUCAUAACUUCUUAAAAGGUAUGCAAAUAUUAAAUAAACAAAGGGUUCUAAAAGGUCCAUUCUCAAUUAGAAGCCAGUGCGCAGGGUCUGCUUGCAGCCAGAAGGCAUACUACACAUCUGGUCCCCGAUUGGCCAGCAGGGCGGGGCCACGCCCCUUCGUAGUGGUGGCCAUUAUUUACAUGUAGAGACUCAAAGUACAGUAAGUCAUGAAGACAAACAGCAGUGGCAAUCAUUCACCCUUUAACUGCUCUUCUCUAAUAGAUGCAACUCAUGUCCUCGUGCUCAGCCUGUUACUCAGGCGCAGACUUGACUUUCAGAGCAAAAGUGUGUGGAGAGGAGCGCGAGGCUGAGCCUUCACCAUCACACAGAGAGCCUCGAGGGAAAGCAGCGCCAGAUACUCUGGAUCAUGUUAAUGACAUUCAUCUAACGCCGGGUGCGCGGUGUUGGGUCUCGGGUCUGGGCGCUGAGCGGCACUGGCCAGGUUCGGAACUCGGCUGUGCUGCAGUCCUGGGAUUCAGUGCAGACGUUAAGGACUCAGAGGCGCAUGAGCAGUUUAUGAUCCACACGCGCCGGGGCUGCGCGCCCCUCUGCUUCCAGCAGCACCGGCACAAUGGGGCAGCUUCUGUCGCUUGCGAGAGUUACCAAAGUUUUGCAGCGUCCCAGGGGGUCUGUUUAAAAGACUCGGCUUGGUCAGAGGACUCGAGGGGUGUAAUUAGUAACACAUUCGACUGGAUGAGAAUAAAAAGAAAACUCCCACAAAGUUGUUCUCUGCCUUGUGGAAUAACCAGGGCUGAUGUUACUGCGCGCACGAGUUUCACCAACCAACAGCUAACCGAGCUUGAGAAAGAGUUCCACUUCAACAAAUACAUCAGCAGGUGCAGAAGGGCCGAGAUCGCGAAGAGUGUGUGCCUGAGCGAAACACAGGUGAAAAUCUGGUUCCAGAAUAGACGGAUGAAGCAAAAGAAGAGAGAAAAGGAGGGCCUGAUGCCCUGCUGCUCCAGACCGGAUUCCCCGCCCCGCGCGCACCUCUUGCUGCGCGCUCUGGCGCCCAAAGAGUGCCUCUAUGUGUGAAUUUAACAUAUUUACACACUCUCCGACUUGCUUGCACUAUGUUUUUGCCUUAACCUUUUAUUGCCUUAUUACUGUGCCUUCUGUAGAGUUAAGUCUAUCAAUAGUAUGUGCCUCAUAUCUUAAUGUGUGCCUUUGAACUGAUACUGUAAACUCCUCCAACCUAAAAAGUGCUUUAUUUGUUCACAGGGGUUGUACGUGUGUGUUUUGUAUAAGAGAAAGGCUUAGUUUUAAUAAAACAUAAUGAAUGGAAACAGAGUUUUACAGAACACAUUUGAGUCUGUACCAAAGUUCAGAUGUGUGUAACACCCGGUACAGUACAUCUUAACAGAAAGUCAUUAUAAAUACUGAGGACAGUGAGUCUGGCACUGACAUUUAUUUCUCAUCAACUAAUGUUGUCUAUUUAAAAGGUGUGUAUGGAAUUAGGGAUUAUAAUGAUGUUUAUAUAUUUACUUAUGUACAUUAAUGAAUAAAUCCAAAAGGACCUAUAUGAU